AAUUGUUGUUUUAGAUGCCCAGAAUUAAAAGAUUUGGCCAAGUUCGUCGUCAACGACCUAAUGCUUAUAGGCGAAAUAUAGGAAAGAGCAUAGAGGAAAAACGAGAUUCUGAAAGCAUGCACACUCUUCGUGGUACAUCAAAGUAUCCAGAAAAUAACCAAACGGGGUUUAGUACUUCCGAUAAAAAUAUUUUGGACCAAUUCAACCCUGAAGCUUCAUUAGUACCAAAGGAGGAAAAUAAAUCUCCCCAGAAAAUAAAAGAAGAAGAUGAGAACAGUUUUAGUUUCGAAGAACACGAUGUGGAGUAUGAACUUCGAAAGAAGCGUUCCAAGAACGAAUCAUCAAUAUACAGGGAGUCAUCACUUGAUGAUAACAUUGAGACUUAUAACUCUAACCAUUUGGAACUCUCGCAGUCUUUGCUUUUGACGUUUAAUGAGAACGAUCCCUUCAACAGUUAUGACAGCAGACCAGACGUGUCAAAGAACUCAAAAUAUCUUGAGGAUAUUGUCAAAUGUUUGUCAAAUUUGACAAAAAACAACACGCAGCGUGAUGAUUGUUUUGACAGUUUCGGCAGGUAUGUAGCAGUCAUGUUGAGAAGUAUGUCAAAACGACGGGCUUUGGAAGUGCAGCCAGAAAUAGUUAAGUUACUGGUUUCUGGUAACAUGGACAGCGGGGAGGGUCACGUCAAUCAGUCAGACCAGUCAGACAUUUAGUGAAAUAAGGCUGUGACUAAUUUCUUUCCAUUUGUAAUAUUAAAUUUAAUUUAUUUGUA